AUGGCGCACGCUCUCGCCCGUUCCGCCGCGCAGCGCCUCCGCCUGUCGGUUGCGCCUCCGCUUCCCGCAAGCAUCCGCCUGCAGACCAGGGGCUUUGCCGCAGAUCACCAUGGCCCCAAGAGGGUGAACAUUUGGGAAGACCCACUCAAUCCGGGGAGAUGGAAGGAGGAGCACUUCGUGUUUGUUUCGCUAGGAGUGUGUCUGAUUCUUCCUGCUCUUCUUUUCUUGCAGCACUAA